AUGGUCGCACCAAGAAAGAAGAAAAUCCAUCAACACGGUUCUUUGUUUUGUGAGGAUCGUUCUGUUUAUAUCCAUGGAAUGAAAUUCCCGAAAAGACUUUUCGUUGGUGGUUUGGCGAAAAAUAUAACAGCAAAAGAAUUAGCUCAGUAUUUCCAACGAUAUGGAACAGUUGUUGAAGCGAAAAUAAUUCUUAACAAAUUUGGGGCUUCAAAGGGAUAUGGUUUUGUCUCCUUCGCCGGGCAAUGCGAUGUCAGCAAUGUAUUGAAACAUGGACAGCUCUUUUUGAAUGGCCAAAAAUUAAAUCUAGGGCCGGCCGUAAGAAAACAGGUGCCAGAUGUGCAAGGGGAACCCGUGCUUAUCUACAGUCCUGCGCGAUCUGGAAAAAGUUUGGGAGAGAAGUCGCCAUCACAUUUACAUUAUAACUGCAAUUUUACCCCGCAGCCUUACCCGCAGCUUGUGUGUUUCUGCAAUUGAUUUGUGAUGAAAGUAAAUUAUUAAAAGAAAAGCGAGUGUGAAAGUUUAGCACAGGCGUGAUUUUCGGAACAUAUUUCUGUGUUUAAAGUAUUCGACUUCUCCUUCGAUGAUUGGUUAUUUUUUUAUAUCUGAUAAUUUUUUUUAUAUCUUUUAUAUUUUUUACGAUUCCAUGUAUAUUUAAAAUGUUUCCGCUUUUGUAUAAGUUUUGUCUUUGUAAAUUUGCUACGCUUUUUUAUAUUUUGUGUAUUGCUCCUUUUUUUCUCCGUCUAAAAAUAUUCUCUUUUUGUACACGAUGGUUUUUACUUCUCGGAAUAAAAAAUCCCUUGGGAAUUUCACGUUUGAGUGGUUUGAAAUAUUGCGGGAUAUAUCAGCAGACUCGAUCUCAAGU